UCUCUCUCUUUCUGUCUUCCCUCUUUCUCUCCCUCCCGGGAGGAGAAGCACCAAGCAGCUCGGGAACCCUGGCAACGGUCUUGAUCAAACCUGUGGCUGUGAAGGAGAGUGGACCAGGGAGACGUGGUUCUGGCUUGCAGAAAGGUCAGCCACUUGGGAGACCAGCCUUCGAGCAGAGAAGAGGCCCUUCCUCACUACCUGAACCUAUGACCAGAGGCUCCAUUCCAGCCCUGAACUUUCCCACUGAAUUUCACAAAAUGGGCUCAUUCCGUAAGCCCAGACCCCGUUUUAUGAGUUCUCCUGUCCUGAGCGAUCUUCCUCGAUUCCAGGCUGCCAGACAGGCUCUUCAGCUGAGCUCCAACUCGGCCUGGAACAGUGUCCAAACUGCAGUGAUAAAUGUGUUCAAAGGAGGAGGCUUACAAAACAACGAACUGUUCGUGCUGAAUGAAAACAUCAGGCGGCUGUUAAAGAGUGAACUUGGAUCUUUCAUCACAGACUAUUUCCAGAACCAGCUUCUUGCAAAAGGGUUGCUGUUUAUAGAAGAGAAGGUUAAACUGUGCGAAGGCAAGUACACGGCGACCGCGGACCAGGUUCAGAUAGGCCCCCGUGAAAAUCGCAUUGAUCUACUGUCUGAAGUCUGGGAUCACUUCUUCACUGAGACUCUUCCCACCCUUCAGGCGAUAUUUUACCCUGUUCAGGGCCAAGAGCUGACAAUCCGACAGAUUGCGCUGCUCGGCUUUCGAGACCUCGUCCUGUUAAAAAUCAAGUUGGAAGAGCUACUCCCUCUAGUCCAAACGAAGCUCCCAGCAUCCAUCGUCCAGAUGCUGCUGAUCUUGCAGAGUGUUCAUGAGCCAACCGGCCCAAGUGAGGGCUACCUGCAGCUGGAAGAGUUGGUCAAGCGGGUCAUCUCUCCCUACCUGGGCACAAAUGGGGACCGUAGCUUCCCAAGCAGUACCUGCAGUCUGGCACGACGGCAUCCAAGAACUCGACCCAAGGUGACUGUCCUGAACUAUUCCCAAGCAGCGGUGGCGGCGGUGGUGGCAGCUCCCCGUGCCCCCAAUGAGAUGGUCCUGACCCCCCUAACAGAACAGGAGGGUGAGGCAUACCUGGAGAAGUGCGGCAGCAUCCGCCGCCACACGGUAGCCAAUGCUCACUCUGACAUCCAGCUGCUUGCCAUGGCUUCCAUGAUGCACUCGGGGGGCAUGGCGGAAGAGCCAGAUGGCACAGAUAAGUGCCUGCUCCUCCCACCCACUUUCACCCACCACCGACAGUGCUCCAGCGAGCCCAACAUCCUGGACAGCCCCGGCGACCUGGAGGGAGUGUCCCCAGAUAUCCCGGAGCACCGAGAGCUGAACUGUACCUCCCUUAGCUGAGCUGCCCGGCUCAGGCAACCCUGGGAGGGGACGACACCAGCACUAAACCGAGGCAACGAGGACCCGGUUGCUAAGGGAAACAUUGGACAACCAAAGCGCUUUUCUUUCUUGUUUGGAAACACUCCUGUCUUUCACUUUGGGGAUCACCUUGGCUUCACAUCUAGUUUGGGCUGUCUGGACUGGAAGAAACACCCAGUUUCAAGCAACUUCAGUUUUCUUUAAAGCAACCGUCUCUCUGCUUGUAGUAUUCAUUAGGUGACACCUGGAAGUCAUUUUCAUUCUGUAGCCUCCUUUUUACGGGAUCUGAGGUGACUCACCAGGUGUGGGGACUCUGUCCGGGGGAAGGAUAGGGGUUAGUGUGGAAUCUCUCCAUCCUCUUCCCCUUUGGCCCCUCACCACAGUCACUUUCCGUCUCCCUGCCCCUUCUACCAGGACCCCAGGCAGGGCCUAUACUUUAUGGGUGUCACCCAGCCCAGCCAGACUGUGACUCGAGUGGUCCUACCUUAGGGACAGACAGCCCGGCCUGUCUAUCUCUCUUGAUGCCCUCUCCAUAAGGAGGGAUCCCUCUAACUUGUGCUUUGAGCAGAAAUACCCACCCUCUGUGUGCUUCCUACCUCCUCUUGGCUCCCAGUUAUGUCUGACAACAUUUCUGAUGUUGCAACUACAGUGGAUGCUACCUGGGCCUCAUUUUUGGGUUCUGACCCAUAUCUUUCUUGGAGGUAGUUGUCUAGUUCCCCACAACUUCCUGUGAGAUGCAGUUUUGGUGGGAAAUGGGGGUGUGGGGUUGUGCCUCUUCCUGUACUGGGUAGAAUAAAAGGGUAGGAAACUCUCCCUUUGAAGGACCAAAUGAAGCAAGUGACCCCAGGAAUGGAAUGUAAAUCUCUUUAGGGUUUCUUUUUUGGCCUUUCAGAGUUAAAGGGAAAGCAACACCCAAAUUGUGCAUUAAGUUUAUUACCUGGGCUGUGUACCAAGCUACCUUUACACAGAAUCCCAGUAAGAGAGAGGCUGUAUAUCGGAAAGGCCCAUAAGGUAGACUACCACUGGUUAAAUUCUUUCACUGGGUUUCUCGCCAAACAUCAGGAACUCAUCUUGUGUUGUGUAUGGGUAUGUUUCUUUCUUCUGGGAACGAAGGAGAAAUGCGCCUCUUUCUUUAAGGCACUGAUGUCUAGGUCUGCAUGGGAAUGAUUUCCUGCUGUUGAUUAGUCUGUUUCUGGGUUUGACUUGAAUUUUUAAAAUGUAUAUUGUUUUUGUAUUUUUCUGCAAAGAUUUGCACAUAGGAUUUUGCACACUGUGCUUGCAACAUUGGCUUGGGUCUUGGAAUAGGCAGCAAACUCUUUUCCUCCAAAGUAGAUGGUUAGAAGAUAAUGAGAAGCUCAGUGGGACUUGGUUGGUCCUCAGCUGCAGAAAUGGCUGGCAUCAAAACAUUUUAAUGAACUGUGGUUGGGAUUUCUAGAGGUUGAUUCUGGGGAAUGGAAGUCUCUUGACCUGUGAGUCGAGAUUCACCCUGACCAGAUGGGGCUUGGCAGUGAAGGGAAGAGGUGGGAUAAUUUCAUUCUGAGGGAGCGAGGCAGUAAUUCUCAUUCUGUCAGUCAACAAGCGUAAAAACACUAGCUCUCCACUGAAGAGGGAAGUGGCCGGAGGAGGCUAUUAAUAGGGCCAAAAGCUGGAAGGUAGGCCUACACAGCCUCCAUACCCCUUCCAUCUCUGUCUCACUCUCGAGGUCCCCAUAAAAUGGAGGUUUCCUCAUUGCUCCUGUGGCAUCUGCUCUAUAUUCAGCCUUUAUAUAGAAACCUCCUUAUAAAUCUCUGUGAAACCAGCCAACCUGGCUCCACAUAGUUAACUGGGGGAUUUGCCAGAAAGAGAUGAAAAGGUCUUUUGCUCCUAAGAAUGUCUAUCUUCAGCUAAUAAAUAAAUGAGAGCAUCUCCCCCCAGACUUCCUCUUUAUCCUCAGUCCGUGGGCCUUUGAAUGAUUUCUCUAUGAAAAGAGAGAAGCGGUUUCUAUUAGUCAGCUUGGAAGGCUGGUUGCUUCAUUCUGGAAUUUGGAAAUCCUAUUAUUUAUAAAAAGGGCUCAGUUUAAAGUUGCAGUUUUUCCAGUUGGUCAGUUCCCUCCUCCUCUCCAAGAGCAAAGGGAAGAAAAUGGGAAUAAAUGUGUAUUAGCACAGUCUACAUUAAAUUUUUUAACCUAGACACAUAGGAGUCUUGAUUUUGGCUCAAAAUAAUUUUAACCUUCAGCAGGAACUGAUAAGCUGAUUCCCCUUUAUUCCCUGGUGGGGUAAAGGUCCACUCUGGGUUAUGGGCUGGGAUUAUUUUAAAAUUGCAUUUUUAUUAUGGGAAACUUUGAACCCCCAAACCAGAUCCCUUGUACAUUGUCUAUGUGCCUGUUCUGAAAACCUAACUCAAUAAACACCAUUUUGUAUGACU